GUCGAAAAGCAACACAACAGUGAAAUUUCACAAUAAAUGUUAAGUUAUCGAUGUAUCGAGCCAGGUCACAUCACUAGUUGAUGUGAGUAUUAAAAAAAUAUACAGCUUACAGAGUACAAAUGGCAUCGACAUCUAGACUGGACAAUAACAAGGUGUGCUGCUACGCACACCCCGAAUCUCCGCUGAUCGAGGACUACAGGGCUGGCGACAUGAUUUGCUCGGAGUGCGGUCUGGUGGUUGGCGACCGCGUAAUUGAUGUGGGCUCCGAGUGGCGAACCUUCAGCAACGAGAAAAGCGGCGUAGAUCCCAGCCGUGUGGGUGGCCCGGAGAAUCCGCUGCUCAGCGGCGGCGACUUGUCCACUAUAAUUGGUCCUGGCACGGGGUCCGCAUCCUUCGACGCCUUUGGGGCCCCCAAGUACCAAAACAGACGUACCAUGAGCAGCUCGGACCGCUCCCUUAUCUCAGCUUUUAAGGAAAUAUCAUCGAUGGCCGAUCGCAUUAACUUGCCAAAAACCAUUGUCGAUCGGGCCAACAACUUGUUCAAACAGGUUCAUGAUGGAAAGAACCUCAAGGGUCGAUCCAACGAUGCCAAGGCGUCUGCUUGUCUGUACAUUGCUUGCCGCCAGGAAGGAGUUCCUCGCACAUUCAAGGAAAUUUGUGCCGUCAGCAAGAUCAGCAAAAAAGAAAUCGGUCGAUGCUUCAAGUUAACAUUAAAGGCACUGGAAACCAGUGUAGAUCUUAUAACCACUGCGGACUUUAUGUGCCGCUUUUGCGCCAACUUGGACCUGCCGAAUAUGGUUCAACGCGCUGCCACGCACAUUGCAAAGAAAGCCGUCGAGAUGGAUAUUGUUCCGGGCCGUUCGCCAAUUUCGGUGGCUGCAGCCGCGAUCUAUAUGGCCUCACAAGCUUCUGAGCACAAGAGAAGUCAGAAGGAAAUCGGUGAUAUAGCCGGAGUGGCCGAUGUCACCAUCCGGCAGUCCUACAAACUUAUGUAUCCGCACGCAGCUAAGCUCUUCCCCGAAGACUUUAAGUUUACCACUCCUAUUGAUCAGUUACCGCAAAUGUAAAUCUUUUCGUAGAUCCGAUGCUCAAUACUAACGCUAACGUUAAGAGAAGAAUUCUUAAUUUAAUCACAAAGUUUACGAUUUUAUUAAAUAAAGUUAGCAUAACUAAUAUUGAAAUAGAACUGUUGGACCAAUCAGAGCAUAAUUAAUUCAUUGUUUAAAGUAGCUGAGUUAAACCCAUACAGUUUUUGAACUUAAUUCCAAUGUUUCAUAAUAACUCGCUUGUUUGUAUUAUUUUUACACUUUAUAGCUGGCUUAUAUGUAUCAUGGGUAUAGGCAAUUAUAAAGAAGCUAAUAAUCACAAACAAUAAUUGCGAAAUUCAUUAUUUUACAAACAAUAUACUCUGUGUAUCCAUAAGCUUUAAGUUUUUAGUAAUAAUAUGAAUGGUUAAAAUAUUCGCAAAUAAGAAGAAAGGGAAACCUGUAACAGUCAACAUUUUCAAUUGCAAAUAAAGCGGGCGUUUAAACGUA